AUGCAUUAUGUUGUGUUAGAGGUGGAGCUAGCACACAGGGAAGAUAACCCAAAAGACUGGGCUCAAAUAUCGCGAUUUCACUACCAGUUUCUGGAUGCCAAGACUCUCAGAGCAGUAUUCCAAGAAAACCAGAUGGUGCAACUGGGACCGGAAUGUAACCUGCAGCAGGCAGUGGGCCAAUUGGACCGGGACAUAUCUGCACACGUAAAGGAGGACUUUGUGCUGUGUUCUUUGAACUCCACGUGGCACUUUCGGGUUACCAUUCCGCGGCAAGCUCGCGACGAGGUUUUCAUUCUUCCGCCUCAUUUACAGCAUCCCAAGGUGUUCGAUCUUUGGAAAGAAUACGACCGGUGGUGUGUGAACCACCCGGAGAUUCUGGCCCUUCGCAAUACUGCAGUGGCCCCCAAGAAAGCGAAAGACCUCGACGAACUCAAGACCGUGCUGAAGUUGAACGCAGCGACGUGUGGAAGCGAGGCUGUGGAACAACAGUCCGAUGGGGAUGUGCAACAAUUGAACAGCCUGCUUGACCAGACUAUCUCGGUACUCACCCAGCUACACCAGAAGUGCGUUACUCCAGACGACAAACUGCUGGUCCUCACGCAUCCAUACGAUUCGUAUCUGGACGUGCGAAACUUUUUGCAAGAGAGGUCUAAAGUUCUGUAUAUGAACAACCUGCCGCCGGAUACUACUCAGAGCGAACUGGAGUCCUGGUUUACUCAAUUUGGAGCCCGGCCGGUGGGGUUCUGGACCGUGAAAAAUAUCGUGGAGGAGACCUCUAACGUUAAUAACAAUUGGUCUAGCAACAACAGCACGUAUGUGGAAGCUGAAGAUAGUAUUUCUGGAUUUGUGGUGUUCCAGUCGCACGAGGAGGCUACCGAGGCACUUUCUCUGAAUGGAAGGUCCAUCCUGUCUAACAUUGCUAAUACCAAGCAGCCUCGCGUGAUUGAACACACCGUGGAGAUUCAACCAUCCAGCACGAGGGUUUUGGAUAGGGCACAGGAAAUCUUAUCACCUUUUCCUCAGAGCAAAAACAAGCCUAGACCUGGUGAUUGGAACUGUCCUUCAUGCGGUUUCUCGAAUUUCCAAAGGCGUACGUCUUGUUUCCGUUGCUCCUUCCCUUCAAGUAACGCUGCUUCCUUGAACAAGGGUGGCUACAUGAGGAACACAUUGCAUGCACAGAAUGCUCAGGGCGUCACGGAUCAGCAAGUUCCUCAUAAAGUUGGUAACAGUUCUGCCCCUUUGGCCUCUCUUUCGGCAGGACACAAUGGGGGUGUGGGCCAACAAUCGUCCCAUGCUCAACAGCAGCAGCAGCAACAACAGCAGCAACAGCAACAACACCCUCAACAACAACCUCAACAACGUAUGCGUUUCAACCACGGACACCGUUUUGGUCAAAAUCAGCAACAAGGCGGUUCAAACGUUCCAUUUCGGGCCGGUGAUUGGAAAUGCGCUGUUUGUACUUAUCACAAUUUUGCCAAAAAUGUUGUUUGCUUACGUUGCGGUGGCCCCAAGACCACAGAACACCAGCAAAAGGAUUUAGGAAGCGUCAACUCUUAUACUAAUAUUCAAGAGGUUGGCAAUGGGAUGGGUAUCUCCUUGAAUACAAGGAGUUUUUCGGAGCCUGCGUGGUAA